GAUCAUUGGCAUCAUACAAUCGUUUGGCAUUCCAAUAUGAUCCCACUGCGAACUACAGUGACGAUGAAAAUUUAGAUAUUGGACAAAUGACGACUAUAUGCCGAUAUUGCAAUGCGUUGAAGUUCAAAAGAGAAACGGCUGGAUUGUGCUGCGCAAGUGGAAAAGUCAAACCAUCCGGAUCCAUUACUUACACCACCACAGCCACUGAAACCAUUGUUUGAUAGAAGUGAUCCCGAUUCUAGCCAUUUUCUUCAACACAUCCUUGAAUACAAUAACUGCUUUCGCAUGACUUCCUUUGGAGCUAAUAUCAUUCGAGAAGACGGAUUCAUGCCGACUUGCAAGAUACAAGGACAAAUAUAUCAUUUGCAUGGUUCAAUGGUGCCAAGACCAGAUGAAUCAAUCAUCAAUUUCUGCAAAUAUAUUUCAUUUCGUCGAUGGUGGAUCAGCUGAAUGUGCGGUGCAAUAUACAGGGAACACAACAGUUAAAGAGACAAAUUAUUGAACAGUUACAAGCAUUUUUCCACCAAUAAUAACACAAAUAUGUCAUAAGAGCGGAUUGUUCCCCAACAGGUGAACAUGUGCGAAGAUUCAAUGCACCAACCGUUAAUGAUGUUGCUGCAAUUAUUGUUGGCGAUCUAACUAAAUCGCGAGACAUUGUCGUUCAGCGAAGAAGCAAUAUCAUGCAUCGUGUAAACGAGACACAUCGUUUGUACGAUGCGUUACAAUAUCCAAUCAUUUAUUGGCAAGGGCAGGACGGAUACGACAUCACGUUGAAGUUGGUCGAUCCAAUUACAGGCGUAUCAACGAAUAAAAAUCUAAGCGCAAUGAAUUACUAUGCAUAUCGUAUGAUGAUUCGUACAAAUGAGGAGAAUGUCAUUCUGAAGUGCUGCCGGCUAUUCCAACAAUUCGCUGUCGACAUGUAUGUCAAAGUCGAGACCGAACGUUUAGCGUUCAUCCGAUUCAAUCAGGCAAAGCUACGAUCUGAGGACUAUAUACACUUGCGUGAUGUUAUUCAUUCAUAUGGUGAUGUUCAGAAUAUUGGACUUAUGACGAUUCUCCCAUCAUCUCAUAUCGGAAGCCCACGCCACAUGCACGAAUACGCUCAAGACGCUAUGACGUACGUGCGAAAUUAUGGAACUCCGGAUUUAUUUAUUACGUUAACAUGCAAUCCGAAGUGGACGGAAAUUGAACGUGAGUUGGAACGGGGCCAAAAACCGCAAGAUCGCCAUGACAUAAUCGCCAGGAAAGCUGGGUUUUGGAAAAGUACAGAUAAACAAGACCUGCCAGAUGAAAAUGAUGUUGAAGUUGGACCUAACAAAGAGGAAUGGUCUAAGCUUGUGUCUCACGAAUCCAAUAUGUUAAUGCCGAGCUUCGAAGAUUUCGUUCAAAUUGACGACGACAUAACUACCGCUGGAGAACAAACCGUCGACGAUAUCGUUAAGAAUUGUGCGGACACCUGUUUUGCUGGAAAUGACAGUGAAGACGAGGCACAGAUUUCAGAAACAGAAAUAAAGAUCAUUCCAAUGAAGCAAGCUUUAAGUACAUUGGAGAAGGUCCAUCAGUACUUUGAAUACACGGCGGUUGUUUUUUUCACGAUCUUCCUCUUUUACUAG